CGAGGCAGGGAUCUUUUCUGCAGACUCCCCGAUUUUGCUCCCCCGUCGCCCUGAGGCUCAACCUUUCCAGCGGCUGCAGGGCAGUUUGCCGCGAAUGGGAGAUCCCGGAUCCCAGACAUAUGUAACUUGGAAAUCUUUCUUGAUUACACUGGAGACUGAAGUAUCUCGUGUGGGAAGAGGGCUGAAUGACCCUGGCAGUUUUGGCCAGAUCUCUUCUGAUUACUAAGAUUUGUGGAGAUCCAUCACUCAUUUUGGAGCUGGAUUAGACACCAGAGAGAAGAUGGAGGGCCAAAACCCACCAGAUGCAGGAGUUGGAAAAGUCCCUCCAGUUACUCAGCCUUGGGGCUGUGGGAAGAAUGGGGCAAGUCCUGGGCAAAAGAACCAUGAAGAGGCAUCCAAUCGUUCAGAGGUCCAAUGUUGUCACUUCAGAAAACUGCAAUUCAAGGAGGGGAGGGGUCCCCGAGAUGUUUGCAGUCAGCUUCACCGCCUUUGCUGUCAGUGGCUGCAGCCGGAAAGACACACGAAGGCUCAGAUGCUGGACCUGGUGCUCCUGGAGCAGUUCCUGGCUCUCCUUCCUCCAGAAAUGGAGAAAUGGGUGCGAGAAUGUGGAGCGGAGACUAGUUCCCAGGCAGUGGCCCUUGCCGAAGGCUUCCUCCUGGCCCAGGAGUCAGAAAAGAUGCAGAAGUCCUUGGAAGAUGUAACUGAUUGUCCCAAAGAGAAGAAAGAUUCAUCCAAGCCCUCUCAAGAGCUGCAAUUCAGAGAGAAAGUUAAAAGUCUUACCAAGCCAGAGAAUAGAAACCUAUCCAUGGUUUUUUUAGAAUCGCCGCCUCUUUCUGGUGGAGCUGAAAGAGUGCUUGAACCUCUGGCUCAGGAUGUUGUGUCUUUGGAGGAAGUGGUCGUGUAUUUCUCCAAGGAGGAGUGGUCUCAACUGGAUGCUGACCAAAAAGCUCUCCACGGAGAAGUCAUGCUUGAGAAUUCCAGGAAUCUGUUUUCUCUGGGAUAUAAUGAGAAAGAGAAUAAGAAUUACAACGAGCAGCAUCACGCAAUCUGUGAGAAAGAGGGAAAAGGGAAGCUUGGAGAUCAGAUGCAACCGAAGUGCCAUGAGACAAACCGAUCACAAAGUAGAAUGAAAAAAAGCUUUCCUCGUGUCAGUCAGCUCCCUCGCGAUAGAAGCAUCAAUACUGGAGAAAGACCAUAUCAAUGCAUGGAGUCUGUAAAGGGCUUGAAUGAAGCCAAUGAUCUCAUUUCCCACAAAAAGACACAUUUGGAAGAGAAACUAUAUACCUGCAGGGAAUGUGGAAAGACCUUCCAUGAUAAUCACUCUCUUGUAAGCCAUCAAAGGACUCACAAAGAAGAAACGCCUUAUAAAUGCAUGGAGCGUGGAAAUACCUUUACUUGUAGUAGUGGCAGUCGUACUCCCUGCAAGAAGGCCCGCCCGGUAGAGAAGCCAUAUAAAUGUGCGGCAUGUGAAAAAGGCUUUAGAUACAAUAGUGAACUUCUUGCCCAUGAAAGGAUCCAUACAGGAGAGAAGCCGUAUCAAUGCAUGGAGUGUGGGAGAAGGUUUGGCAACAGUGGGUAUCUGAUUCGCCACAGGGCUGUUCAUACAGGGGUGAGACCUUAUCAAUGCACAGAGUGCGGAAAAACCUUUACUCGUAACGCUAAUCUGAAUUCCCACAAGAAGCUCCACUCAGGCGAAAAACCCUAUCAGUGUAGCGAAUGUGGGAAGAGCUUUACUGAGAGUAAAACUCUGACUAUCCAUAUAAGGAGCCACACAGGGGAGAAACCAUAUCAGUGCAUGGAGUGUGGAAAUACCUUUACCUGUAGUAGUGGUCUUAAUUCCCACAAGAGGAUCCACACAGGAGAGAGGCUGUAUCAAUGCACGGAGUGUGGAAGGAGGUUCGCAAGGAAUUACGCUCUUAAUUGCCAUAGAAAGGUCCACUCAAGGGAGAAGCCAUAUAAAUACAGGCAAUAUAGGAAGAGCGUCAGUAGAAAUGCAGGUAAUCCUCGUCUUACGACUGCAGUUGAGCUCCAAAAUUUCCGUUGCUAAGGGAAAUCAUUGUUAAGUGUGUUUCGCCCCAUUUUAUAACUUGAUUCACACUGAAGUGAAUCAUUGCGGUUGUUUAAGUUAACAGCACAAUAGUUAAUUGAAUUUGGUUUCCCCGUUGACUUUGUUUGUCAGAAGGGCACAAAGGAUGCUCCCAUGACCAGAGGACACUGCAACCAUCUUGAAUGAGAAGCGAAUCGUCUUCAAAAGAAAAAACAAAGUCCAGUUGCCUCCAAAAAAAAGCACCUUUGGGUUUGUGUCACUGGCUCCUCACCAUAAACCUGUACGCGUACAUAUUCUAUGGAAGAAGCUUCAGACGAAGAGUUCUGAAAAGGAGCCUAGGAACUCUAGGAAGUCCUGUAAAUGCCUAUACAAAAGUUUUUCUUCAGUAAAGGUGCCAAAUUCAGUUUCCCUAUGGUAUGACAGGGUCCCAAACAAAAGCUAAAAUGGUAGGGUUUUGUUUUAUUUUGUUUUGUUUUGUUUUGGUACGUUUACUUGCAGCCUUAACUUAAAUUAAAGAAGUACAGUUGAUAUGAUUUCUUUCCAGUUAUAUUAAUGAACUUUGGGCUGAUUAUCAAUUGCAAACGUUGGAUUAUUUUUGGAGGGGCGUACAUGGCGGUUUUAAAAUCUCAUGCCAGCUUGAAAUCAUUUACACAAAAGACAGCUUAACAGUAUUAUGUCAGACCUCCAAGGUGUUCUGACCCAGCCUUAGCAGAGACAAGAAACAGACUCCUUGUCCCGAAAACCCUCUCUUUAUUUAUCUCCUGUGGAUUAAUGGCAUUCGCACACUGAAAAAUCCAGGCAAUAAUCCUUCAAAGAGUUAACUGCAGUAACAGACCUUAUCAGUUCCUUGAGAUAAUUGCCAGGUGAACCACGAUGAGCAAAAUCUUCCGAAAUCUGAAUGGUUUUCUCUUGCAAACACCACUCCCCUUUCCUUAUUUAUUCCCCAGCCAGGGAGGGACCAUUCAGCAUCCACAUGUGCCUUUCUUCCCGAGUCGACUCCUUGUCCUCAGUGGUUGUUCUCUCUGCGCAUCUGGAACAGGCCCCAGCUGUUCUUUCUCCCCACUUAUCUCUACCUCAGAAGGCAACUGCCUCUCCAGUGGCUGGGAAAUGUCGAAUGGCCCUGGCUCUAUCUCUGCUUCCAACACAGAGCAUCCAUCAGAGCCUUCCCUCAUCGUCUUGAGUCUGCCGCCAACUCCACUGGCAGCUGGCAGGCCACAACACAAGGUAACCCAGACAGGAAACAUGACCAGAUAGGUUAAUGUGUUAAUAGAAUAAUAUAAGCCUAUGUGGGACAUAAUACUGAGUUAGAAGAUUGGGGGAAAAAUUGGAAGAAAAUUAUACAUUAACAAAAUCCGCCACAUAUAAAGAAAAUCAAAAUGUUCUAUCGGUGGCACUUAGCCCCAACAAGACUUGCAAAAAUGUACCCCAAUCUAAACCCUAAUUGCUGGAAAUGUAAAAAAACACGAGGUACCUUUUUUCAUGUAUGGUGGCUUUGCCCAGAAAUCAAAAAAUACUGGAUUAAAAUACAAAAAUGGUUAAAAGAAGUUACACAUUGCCAAAUAGAAUUGAAGCCUGAACUGUUUCUUCUGGGGAUCAUUAAAAAGAUUAAAUAUUUGAUCGUUCAUAUUAUUACAGCAGCGAGAAUUGUACUCGCACAAUUUUCCACAAGCCAGGAAAAUGUUCGCUACACAGUUUUUUAUUAUUUUUAAAACAAAAAUAUAAAACACAUCUUUUCAAAAUGAAGCUUUUGAUCCAGUAACAAAUUAAUACAAAUCUCUUAACAAAUCUUAAUUUCCAAUUAACACAACUUAAUAUUUUAUGCAUAUGUUUCCCUCAAAUCUGUCUAUUAAACUAUGCCAUUAUCCCCAAAAACCCAUUGCUUAAAUCUUAAAUCCUAUCCAAUUAUCAUUCCAUUUUUUCUUUCAUUUGCUGAGAUGGAUAUAUUUUAACAAUAUAAACCAUACAGUUGUUAUAAAUAUUCAUGAAAUAUUUAAUUCCAACAUACUCAUUUUAUUUUUAUUAUUAAACUCAAAAUUUUUAAUCUUUAUUUCUAUUAUUAAAUCUAAUUUAUUCAUUUUAUUUUAACUAUUUCAGCAUACUAAUCCUCAUUUUAACUAUCCCUCCUCAUUUUAUUUUUGCUAUAAAACCCAGCAUUGUUAUCUUUAUCUCUGUCGUUAAACCAAUCAUUUUUAUUUCUUGGUUGUUAAACACAGCAUGCCCAUUUUAUUUUUGGCUGUUGAACACAGCCUACCCAUUUUUAUUUUUUGGCUGUUACCCAGCAUGCCCAUUUUGUUUGGCUGUUAAACACAGCAUAUUCAUUUUUGUUUUCUGGCUGUUACAUAGCAUAUCUAUUUUACUUUUUGGCUGUUAAACACAGCAUAUUUAGUUGGUUUAACUAUUGAUUCCUAAUUAAUCCUUCCUUUGUUGUUUCCAUCCAUCUAUACAUUACUUAUUUUCACUUAAUCAUAUUUAUCUUUGUCCUUUUUCAUGACAUUCAUGACAUUUUAACAUUGAGACAUGGUUCUUGCUUAAAACAUCUUUAGAUGUAUUUAUAAAUGCCUUUUAACAUUUUCAAUUAAUCAUAUUUAUCCUUAUUCUUUUUCCUAACAUUUUAACAUUAAAACAUAAUUCUUGCUUCAAACAUACCUUAAGCAUAUAUUUAUUAAUUCCUUUUAGACAUUCUUAAUUUCUACAAAAACCUCCCUUUAAUGAUUACAAUCCACCUUUACAUUAUUUUAUUUUUAAUCACAUUGUCUUCAUUUCCUCACCUAUAGACAUAUAUUUCCUUCCAUUUUCCAACUUUUUUAUUAUUUAUUUAUUUAUUUAUUUAUUUAUUAUUUUUUAUUAUUUUAUUUAUUAUUUUAUUCUCCAUAAUUCAGGUUAAUUCUCUUUCUUAUUUUUAUUCCGGAUAUAAUGUAUCAAGUCUUUUUCUUUUGAGCCUGCGCUUAAUCCUUCUUCUUAAAACAUAUCUUUAGAUGUAUUUAUAAGUUCCUUUUAACAUUUUCAAUUAAUCAUAUUUAUCCUUAUUUUUUUUUCUAACAUUUUAACAUUAAAACAUAAUUCUUGCUUCAAACAUACCUUAACAUAUAUUUAUUAAUUCCUUUUAGACAUUCUUAAUUUCUAUAAAAACCUCCCUUUAAUGAUUACAAUCCACCUUUACAUUAUUUUAUUUUUAAUCACAUGUCUUCAUUUCCUCACCUGUAGACGUAUAUUUCCUUCCAUUUUCCAACUUUUUAAUUUUAUUCUCCAUAAUUCAGGUUAAUUCUCUUUCUUAUUUUUAUUCCGGAUAUAAUGUAUCAAGUCUCUUUCUUUUGAGCCUGAGCUUAAUCCUUCUUCUGUUCCUGCACCAGUAUUUAAAUUAUUAUUGUUUCAACUAUAGGAGUUCCAUUAUAAAUUCCUUUUCUUUUCACCAAAGUCAAGCUGCCUGCAGACAGGAAAAAAAACCCUCCUCCACAAAGUUCAGUAACUUUUAUCUGUAAGGCUCAGAGUUUCCCAUAACAAAAAGAAGUUACAACGUUCCUCUUCAAGCCAGAUGGUGUGUCUCUAUAAUCCACAUUUUCCAUUAGUCAUGCAAGACUCCAUUUUCAAAUUAUAUAACCAUCCAUUUUAUUUCUUCUUUUAAUUUAUAAAGUAUCGAAUCUUCUUUUUUUUUCUUUUUAAAAUCCAAUUUAAAUUUUAAAGUAUUUAGUCUUUUUAUCAUAUCUCCAUGAUUAGUUCCGUUAGUUCUGUUCCAAAGUUAGUUGUUUCUCGGGUCUUUGUCUCUUUAAGGUUACAGUUUUAAAAAAUUUUUCCGAAGUCCCUUUGUUGCACAGCCACUGUUUUAGGCUAGGGGUCUUCUAAAUAUUAAUAUUGCUCCAAACGUUGUUGCAAGCCUGGGUUGUUGUCACUCACCCGGCUUCAAAGAGCUCCAUUUUACUCUGCUUUCCUCCAGCACUUUUCUUAGUCCGGUUGUCCCAGCUUUGUGGAAGCCGCCAUGGCUGCUGCCCCCCGCCGAGGAACUUGCCUGUUCCUCUUGGUCGUUCGAGGCACCCCUCCUUUUCCCUCGUCCCUGCAGGACGGUUCCAGUCCGAAGACCCAUCGGUGGUGGUUCAGCAGGCAGGGUUUUCGCGGGGCUCAUCAGAGCCUGCUAUUUCCCUGAAUGUCUCGCUGCGACGCCAAACCGGAAGUCAAUCCAGAAAAUUUUUGAAUGUGCAGAAAUGGACAAACUUAUUAUAGAAUUAAAUAACAAGGAAGACUCAGAAUAUUACUCAACCUGAGAAAACUGGUAUCAAUGGAUAGAAAAUAAAAAUAGGAAAUAUAUAGAUCAAAAUAAGAUAUAAAUUGUGUUUACAUAUAUUAGAUCAAGAAGGAAUAUCUGAGAAUAUAUUUAUAGAGUUAUUUGUGUACUGUUGGAACAAUGUUGAAUUGUACAACUAUCAUGGGCAUAUUUUUGUUAAAGACAUUUGUAUUAGUAUUUUAAUAUUUUAAAUUUUAAUAAAGGUUUUUUGAAAAUUAAAAAAAAUAAUAGUAUAAAUCUGAAAGUAUACAUCUGCGGUCACCUUUAAAUUUGCCUCCAACUUGAGAUGGGCAAUAUAUAAAUUUAAUAAGUAAUACAUAACAGUCUGAUUCAUUGGUGUACAUUGUUGUUAAGUUUCUUUUUGGACUAUUAUGCACUUGUAGGCUCCAUCUUCUAUCACAUAGUUCUUUAGGCAGCAUGCAUUGUCCCUCAAGAGCAGGGGUGUCAAAUUCAAGGCCCGCGGGCCGAAUCCUGCCCAUGAUGAGGUCAGAUACAGCCCACGCGGCCAUCCUGGAAACUAAGGGGUGAAGUAACCAUGUUACUUCCGCUUGGUCCCCGCCAUGCUGGCAGGCGUGUGCACAAUGUGCCCACAAGCCCAGUUCACUGUCACCGCAUGCAGGGCAACAAAAGUAGUCUGUGAGACCAGUAAAAAAAAAUAGCUCAGACCUUCCAACUUCACGAGAUCUUUUUUUUUUUUCCUGUGAGAAGUUGGAAGUUCUGAACUAUUUUUUUUGACCAUAGUCCCACAGACUUACUUUUGUUGCCCUGCACGCGGCAGCAGAGAACAGAAUUGGAAAGCAGGUUAGUGAAGGGAUGUGGCUGCCCUGGGGUUGGGUAUGAGGGUUUGGCAUGGAUGGCCUGGCUGAAGGGCCCUCAGGUAAGCAGGUGCAGGGCAGGUGGGGCAGCUCUGUACCCCCCUGCCUUGCUUUGUCCUCCACACACCGCCACCUCACUUCGUUCUUCGCCACUUCCCCUUGCUGCUGUAACGGCAGGAGGCUGAGCAAUGCACUGAAGCAGUGGACACAAAGGGAGGUGGUGGGGGGUGGAGGACAAAGCAAGGGAGGGAUGCGGAGCUUCCCCUCCAUGCCCCACAUCGGCUUAUCUGAGCACCCCGCAGCCAGACCAUCAACAUCCUGACAGCUGCCCCGUAUUGCAGUAGCUCCAGCAGAGAGAGAGCGAUCGAAUCCAACCGCGGAGAGUUAGAGAGAUACUUGUACAUCAGAUACCUGUACAAUUAGCACAGGGGCCCCCCAAGGCUGUGUGCUCUCCCCACUUCACUUCUCUCUGUAUACAAAUGACUGCAUCUCUAAUGAUCCAUCUGUUAAACUACUGAAGUUCGCAGAUGACACAACAGUGAUUGGUCUCAUUCGAGACAAUGAUGAAUCCGCAUACAGACGGGAGGUUGAACAACUAGCCUCGUGGUGCAACCAGAACAAUCUGGAACUGAACACUCUCAAAACCGUAGAAAUGGUAGACUUUAGGAGAAACCCUUCCAUACUUCCACCUCUCACAAUACUAGACAACACAGUAUCAACAGUAGAUAGUAGUAAAUUUCUAGGUUCUACCAUAUUGCAAGAUCCAAAAUGGACAGCUAACAUCAAAAACGUCAUCAAAAAAGCACAACAAAGAAUGUUCUUUCUGCGCCAACUCAGAAAGCUCAAACUGCCCAAGGAGCUGCUGAUCCAAUUCUACAGAGGAAUUACUGAGUCUGUCAUCUGCACCUCUAUAACUGUCUUGUUUGGUUCCGCAAUCCAACAAGACAGACAUGGACUUCAGAGGAUAAUUAGAACUGCAGAAAAAACAAUAGCUACCAACCUGCCUUCCAAUGAGGACCUGUAUACUGCACGAGUCAAAAAGAGGGCUGUGAAAAUAUUUACAGACUCUUCACAUCCUGGACAUAAACUGUUUCAACUCCUACCCUCAAAACGACGCUAUAGAGCACUGCACACCAGAACAACUAGACACAAGAACAGUUUUUCCACAAACGCCAUCACUUUGCUAAACAAAUAAUUCCCUCAACACUGUCAAACUAUUUACUAAGUCUGCACUACUAUUAAUCUUCUCAUCGUUCCCACCACCCAUCUCCUUCCACUUAUGACUGUAUGACUGUAACUGUUGCUUGUAUCCUUACGAUUUAUAUUGAUAUUGUUUCCUGAUUGCUUAUUUGUAACCUAUGACUAUCCUUAAGUGUUGUACCUUAUGAUUCUUGAUGAACGUAUCUUGUCUUUUUAUGUACACUGAGAGCAUAUGCACCAAGACAAAUUCCUUGUAUGUCCAAUCACAGUUGGCCAAUAAAAAUUCUAUUCUAUUCUA